CGUCACCCUUUGCCCGCUUCCCCGCCUUCAUCAAUUCCCCUCUGUUGGUCUUUAUAUCAUAAAUACGGGAAGAGGGAGGGGCCGCUCUAGGAGUCGGAUAGAAAGGAUUUGCAGGCCCCGUCUCUAUGGUAAUGGAGGACUAGACCUGUCUAGAGACCAAGGAAAGCUGGUUUUUCUGGAGGGUGAGUCUAAUUAUACUAAUACUAAUAAUAAUAAUAAAUUUUUUUAUUUAUACUCCGCCCUCUCCAGCCAAGACCGGGCUCAGGGCUGAUUGAAAUACGACUUAAAAACAGGAUUAAAAUACAACAAUAAAAUAUUAAAAUAUUAAAAUACAGCCUCAUUUCAAUGGAAACUCAAAUCAAAAACUUUUUGGGGGGAUAAAAACGUCAAGUCUUUGUUAUAUAAUAAUAAUUUAUUUAUACCCCGCCCAUAAACGAGGGAGGGGUGGCAGGUUGCUGCAGCCUGUACCUGGGGAGAGGGAUCCGCUGGAGGUGACAUUUGGUCGAGGACGGAAUUACUCUCCCUUCAGAAAAGCCAGCGAUGGACAGCCCUAUAAACCAUUCUGUCCCAACCCGCUGCAAGGCAGGAGCAAAUGUGCAAUGCGGGAAUCGAAAUUGCAUGGAGUGCGAAGGUGCCAGUCAGGUUUGCAAGAACCCUGGUCAGACAAGGGAGAGAUUUCCGCUUGGCCUUACGCCAAGGAGCUGGUUAGCUCUUUCUCAAUGUUAUUGAGUUUGAGCACAAACAUAUUUGAACACGUAUUAUAAUUGCUUUGCUCAUGGAAAGAGUCCUUUAUUUAUAUUAUUAUUAUUAUUAUUAAUAAUAAUAAUAAUAAUAAAUUUUAGUUAUACCCCACCCUCCCCAGCCAUGACCAGGCUCAGGGCGGCUAACAACCAAUAAUAAAAACAAGUUGAUUAAAAUACAACUUAAAAAACAAGAUUAAAAUACAACAUUAAAACCUUAUUAGACUGAUAGGCCACCUUUUCCCCCAAGGUGCUUCCUCAUUGAAUUCCCACAACAACCUUGUGAGGUAGGUUAAGCCGGGAGAAUGAUGGAAUCAUAGAUUUGGAAGGGACCCUGAGGUUCAUUAAUGCAACCCCCUGCAAUUCAGGAAUACGCGUAGCUGCCUCUUACGGGGAUCGAACCUGCAGCCUUGGCACUGCCAGCACCGAGGUCUGUUGUUGUUGUUGAGUCGUUUAGUGGUGUCCGCCUCUUCAUGACCCCCUGGACCAGAGCACGCCAGGCCCUCCUGUCUUCCACUGCCUCCCGCAGUUUGGUCAAACUCAUGCUGGUAGCUUCGAGAACACUGUCCAACCAUCUCGUCCUCUGUUGUCCCCUUCUCCUUGUGCCCUCCAUCUUUCCCAACAUCAGGGUCUUUCCCAAAGAGGUGGCCAAAGUCUUGGAGCCUCAGCUUCAGGAUCUGUCCUUCCAGUGAGCAGUCAGGGCUGAUUUCCUCCAGAAUGGAUAGGUUUGAUCAUCUUGCAGUCCACGCGGUCUAACCAACCAAAAAUAACUAUAAUGAAUAAUGAUUCCUUCUCUCUUUGCCCCCCGCAGGCCCGCCUCUCCUCUCUCCUGCAGAGGAUGCCCUUACUCUCUGACGUCCACCUGGGGCUGCCUCUCCCGGACCCUCCUCCUCGCCGCCUGGCCCUCGUCUCCGGCUCCUACCGCUACUACCACUACAGCUGUGACGGUGUGGACGACCGGGGUUGGGGCUGCGGGUACCGCACCCUCCAGACUGUGUGCUCUUGGCUGCCGCCGGGUGUCGGAAAAACCCUUCCCCGCCGGGUCCCUUCCCUGCAGGAGAUCCAAAACGCUCUGGUGGAGAUAGGAGACAAACCCGCCUCCUUUGCCGGCUCCCGGGACUGGAUUGGCACCGUAGAAGCAGCCUUGUGCCUGGACCACUUUUACAGCAUACCGGGCAAGGUGGUCCACGUUCCCCAUGGGCGGGAGCUGGAAAGGGAGCUGGAGGCUCUGCAUGCCCAUUUCCAGGGAGGCGGGGGGCCCGUCAUGAUGGGGGGCGACAGGGACAACUCUUCCAAGGGGCUGCUGGGGGUCUGCUCCAGCCCGGAAGGGCGCCACCACCUCCUGGUCCUUGACCCUCACUACUAUGGCUGGGCAGGGUCUCUGACAAGGGAGGAGCUGCAGGCAAAGCGAUGGGUCCAUUGGAGGGAGCUUGCCCUCUUUGAAGCGGGCUCCUUCUACAACCUCUGCUUCCCCCAGUUCAGGGCAAAAGGAUGUCUUGUAUGAUUUGAGAAAGGAGGUGCCGUUCUCCAAACCAACAGCUGCAGGGGUGUCUCGUGUCAGGAGCGUCAGCAAUGUCUAGGCAACACGAUGACCAUGUGUUGUCGUUUAGUCGUGUCCACCUCUUUGUGACCCCCUGGACCAGAGCACGCCAGGCCCUCCUGUCUUCCACUGCCUCCCGCAGUUUGGUCAAACUCAUGCUGGUCGCUUCGAGAACACUGUCCCACCAUCUCGUCCCCUUCUCCUUCUGCCCUCCAUCUUUCCCAACAUCAGGGUCUUUUCCAGAGAGUCUUCUCUUCUCAUGAAAUCUUUAGCCUCAGAGUCUCUGAAAAUCUUUAAAUGAAGCGAGGUACCAGACUUUGUGACCGACAAGCUGUGAAGCUUUGUGUAUUCAGCAAAUAUGAUGUGUAACACUAAACAGUGAUUCCGGAUAUAGACCGCUGUUUCGUAGAAUUCUUGUCAGCGUGGUGGGAAGAUAAAGAAUUGCUUCAUAAACCCAUCUUCUUUUGAAUGGAUGGAUGUAAAUGAAAAUGUCAAAUGCUGUGGAACAGUGCUCAUGUAAUAAUGUAGUCACUACACCACGCUGACGAAGAUUAAAGAUUUCAUUUUGGACUUAUUAUGGUUUGAAGGAAUUCUAUAAAAGAUUGUUUCUUGCAUAUGUACAUGGUCGUCGUGUUGCCUAGACAUUGCUGACGUUCUCUUUGCAACAGAGGGGUGUGUUUGGUUACUUACUCGUGUCAGGAGCUGGCUGGGAGCCAUUUGCUCACAGUACCUUGGGAGAGAGCCGAAAGCGAGUCACACGCCUGGCACUGACCGGUUAUCGUAAGUGUGGAAGACGGGAGGACGCAGUGGAACCAUGAAUCCGUGGGGAGUGGCUGCAGUGCCCACGCCCAAUCCCCAACAAGCUUUUAGUCUCAAGGACCAUGGAAAAUCAAGCUCUGGGUGGCUAUUAGUCAGGAUGGCUCUGAUCCAUCUCCACAGUCGGAGGCAGCAAUGAGAGAGGGGCUCUUCGGCUCGGAUUCUCCUUGUGGGUCUCCCACUGGGGCAACUGGCUGGCCACUGUGAGUACCAGGUAGUUUGGCAAGAUGGACUCCUGGCCUUGUCCAACGGGCAUGUCUGAAUGGGGUAACUGUGCCCCUGAAGGACCAGGUGCGCAGCCUGGGAGUCAUUUUGGACUCACCUCUGUCAAUGGAGGUGCAGGUCAGUUCUGUGUCCAGGGCAGCUGUCUACCAGCUCCAUCUGGUACUCAGGAUGAGACCCUACCUGCCCACGGACUGUCUGGCCAGAGUGGUGCAUGCUCUGGUUAUCUCUCACUUGGACUACUGCAAUGCGCUCUAUGUGGGGCUACCUUUGAAGGUGACCCGGAAACUACAACUAAUCCAGAAUGCUGCAGCUAGACUGGGGACUGGGAGAACACAUAACACCAGUCCUGAAAGACCUACACUGGCUCCCAGUACAUUUCUGAGCACAAUUCAAAGUGUUGAUGCUGACCUUGAAAGCCCUAAAUGGCCUCAAAGGCCCAGUAGACCUGAAGGAGCGUCUCCACCCCCAUCAUUCAGCCCGGACACGGAGGCCAGCUCCGAGGGCCUUCUGGCGCUUCCCUCAUUGCAAGAAGUGAGGUUACAGGGAACCAGGUGGUGGUGGCGCCCGCCCUGUGGAACACCCUCCCAUCAGAUGUCAAGGAAAUAAACAACUCUCUGACCUUUAGAAGACAUCUGAAGGCAACCCUGUUUAGGGAAGUUUUUAAUGUCUGAUGAUUUGUUGUGUUUUUAAUAUCCUGUUGGAAGCCACCCAGCGUGUCCUGGAAAACCCAGUCAGAUGGGCACGGUAAAAAUAAAUUAUUUUUAUUUUAUGACGGUGGUGAUGUUUGGAUAGCACACCCAGUGUGGAGCGUGCCAGGACUACGUCUCCCAUCAGCCUCAGGCAGCACCCUGGGAUGGCCUCCAGAUGCUUUUGACCCCAGCUGCCUUGGUUCCUUCCAAGCAGACUUGGGGAUGCAUUAAAGGUAAAGGUAAAGGGACCCCUGACCAUUAGGUCCAGUUGUGGCCGACUGUGGGGUUGCGGCGCUCAUCUCGCUUUACAGGCCGAGGGAGCCAGCGUACAGCUUCCGGGUCAUGUGGCCAGCAGGACUAAGCUGCUUCUGGUGAACCAGAGCAGCGCACGGAAACGCCGUUUACCUUCCCGCCAGAGUGGUACCUAUUUAUCUACUUGCACUUUGACGUGCUUUCGAACUGCUAGGUGGGCAGGAGCAGGGACCCAGCAACGGGAGCUCACCCCGUCAUGGGGAUUCGAACUGCCGACCUUCCGAUCGGCAAGUCCUAGGCUCAGUGGUUUAACCUACAGCACCACCCGCAUCCCACCAUUUACACUAUUAGUCCCUUCUGAUUGGCUGAUUCUGCUUCCCUCCUGGAGCCUGAUUGGCCUUUUCCUGCAGGCCAAUCUGUUGUUGCAUUCUAGGAUCCUACUUGCCUAUUGUUCCAGGAUCCAAGCUUAGUAGAGUGGAACCUCUGGUUGUGAACGGGAUCCGUUCUGGAGGCCCGUUCACAACAUGAAAGGAACGCAACUCAUGUCUGCGCGUGCGCAGAUUGCGAUUCGCCCCUUCUGCGCAUGCGCGUGACGUCAUUUUGUGCGCAUGCGUGAGCGGCAAAACCCGGAAGUAACCCUUUCCAGUACUUCCGGGUUGCAGCGGAACGCAACCUGAAUCAAACGUAGGACUGUACAUAACAGGAAGGCACAUCAUGCUUCUGACAGAGGCAUUUUGCUGUGAGGCCGGCCAGGAGAUGAUAAAUGAACUGUAAUAGCAGAGGACAGGGCAAGAUUGCAAUAUCUUUUAACGGCUGCCAGAAUUAUCAUCUGCCAGAAUAGGAGGGUGCAAGGAGAUAGAAGGGACUGGGGUGCGGGUAUUGCGUACGACAGCCAGGUGUUAAAUGCUGUUUAAACGUGCAGCACAUUUAUUUAUUUAUUAUUCCUUUACUGAAAUUCAUAGAUAUCCUACAGUAUCUUAAAUCCACACACACAAAGAAAAAAAAAUAACCUUACAUAAAUUUACAGUUAAAUAUUAAAUUACGGUACUCUUUCCACAUAUUUUCUAAUUAAACUAAGAUAAAGUAAAAUAAAAUAAAGUAGACUUCCCAUCAUUUCCCAAUGUAAUUAACGUUUGUAAUAUUGAAUGUACUUAUAAUUACUACCUUACUCUUAAUAUGUUUUCUAAUACUUUCUUACAACAUGUCCGAUUUCCCUUUAUUUCUUAAUAUUUACUUUACACAAGCGUCAUUCGAACGCUGCCAUAGAUGUUAUAUCACUGUUACGUUUUUGUAAAUAUCUCUUGAAUAUAUCCCUUUUUUUAAAAAAACACAGUUUUUAUUAGGAAUGUAAACAAAACAUAUUAUCUGAAAACGUAUCAUCCUUAAUUCCCUCAGUUCCAAUCUCUGGUUUCUCUAUGAAUGCUGUACUCUGCAUAUUACAGAAUUGUACAAUUCCUUAGAUUAUCUAACUGAUUAUUGUCAAUAAAAGAUUUGUGAGUGUUUAUUC